UUAUUGACUUUAUAGUCGUUAGCCAUUGAAUAUGAAAUGGAAUCGGCUUAGCGACACUUGAUGAAACAUAUCAAGCUUAGUAGUAUCUUCUGGGGCUUCUUGCCGGAGAGUUCGACACCACACGGUCAACAUGAAUAGCUGAGCUUCUGGCGUCGCCUUCGUAUCUUCUUUGCUUGUGAGUCAAGUAGUCUGCCCUUCCGUAAUCUCUGUAAAUAAAGGCUGCUCUGUCGGCUUCACGCUGCACUUCAGAGCCGAUUCCUCUGUUGUGGAUUGACAGAGCGCCAACUUUGUGACUCAGAUGUCCGAUGUCGUGCUCGAGGCCAACAUUCUGUGCUGUCCUUCUGGCAUAUAAGUCGUUGAGGUCGGCGAUUCUACCGUUGAGCAGUCUGAUUUCAUUGUUUCUACUAUCGACGCUAACUUUGAGAGAUGUGAUCCUGGCAUCGAGGUCAGAGUUUCUAACAGCAUAUCCUGUAGCAUCCUUACUAACAGAGUAGGCUGUGUCACUCUGGAUGCCAAUU